AUGUAUAUACUAACUCUUGUCGUGUUUUCAAUAAUUACUAAUCUUGUUUGUGGUCGUGGAUAUGGUGCUCCAUCCCCAAGUUGUAAAUCCAUGGUCCCAGGGCAUAAAGGAAUAUUCAUACCACCACUGAUUGAACGUCAAACUGGCCCGAGUAUCUACACUUUCAAUGCUACAUGGGACAAAAACUUGAAAAUGGUUCGUGUAUCGGUAAGCGGUGAACCGGUAGCAGGUUUUCUCAUACAAGGUAGAUUAAAUGAAAAUGGUCCGGCUGUUGGAACAUUUGUAAACAUUACUGGAAAUCCUGAUGCUAAAUAUCAAAAUUGCUUAUCAUUAAUUGAGGUAAACUAUGUUUAA